AGGCGUUUCGGCCGUUCAACCCACUGUCGCCGCGCCUGCCCUCGCGCGCCUGACCAUCGGUCGUUCUGGUGCGGCCACGGUGCUGUGGCGGCUAUGGGGUGGUGAGGCACGUGGCACGCGGCCGCCAUGGCGAGGGGGGAGAAGGACAUUGUGCAGGUCUCCGUGAAAGCCGAAGAGAGUGACAUUAUCACUGAGUCCACCAGCCAAAAGUACUUUGCGGACUUUCAUGCGCUGCUCACGAAGCCCUCCUGCCGCGAGGUCGCAGUGCAGGGCCCCCGGCGAGACAAUAAGGCGGAGGCCAUCAAGGACUGCGAGAUCUUGCGGAAGACCUUCGAGAAUGAAGGUGAGUUGGGCGUCAAGCGCAUCGCGGAGUCCUUGAGGACAAAGGCCAGCGAUGCGCCCGUUUCAACGCCCGAAGCACUCGAGUCCAUCUAUAACGCGAUGCGGCCAGUGGCAGCGCCCGAGCGGCUGAUCCCUCCUGGGGAGGGCUGGGUGCGCUUCAACGAUGAGAUGCUGUGGGAGCCGAGGAGUGAAGUGUACUUCGCGCAGAAGGGUGCUCAGAUGGGGAAGUAUCUCAUGAAGGAUGCGAAGACCAACCAGUUCUCGACGGUGGACUCGCCCCACCAAAGCGUGGACGCGCCCGUCGCGGUGCGCGCAGCGGGCACCAACAUCCUGCGAUCGGGUAGCAAGCUUGAUCGCACGGUGCUGUUGCCGGAGUUGAAGAAGAUCGCCCGAUUAGCUUUGAAGUUCCCCUUGAGCUUCUUGGACUCCCCGGCCUCCGCCUAUGCACUCUUUCAAGGGGUGCGCAGUGCUGAAGCUGCAGACUGGUGCGCCAAGAAUUUCCAUUUAAAGCUUCUCCCGCUCUUGGCCAAGAAGAUCCAUGCUUGGAAGAGCGAAGAGCUGCAGCGUUUGAUGGAAAGUGUCUUGAGCGACUUGGACUCUGAAGUCCUCAAAAGUGCCGCCGCCUUCAGCGGCAGCAGCGCCGUCUUAGCCUUGUUGCUUGGGGAUCGCUUAUUCAUCUCCGCCGUGGGGCAGUUCCGGGUGGUGCUGCUCUACGACGAUCAGAGCUCUCGAGAGCUGAUGAAGGGUGUGGACCUGGCACAGGAUGCUGAGCGCAUCGAAGAGGCGAAGGGCCACCUCCGGAAGGACAUGCUCAUCCGCGUGCCCGACAGCGAGUCGAACGACGCGGAGCGGGUGCUGAUGGCCCGAAACCCUUUCCAGGUUUUGCAGAUGGAGCCCAAUGGUCUGGAUGAGAAGCAGGUGCGCACCCAGUACCGGAAGGUGGCAUUGAAGGUGCAUCCUGACAAGCAGACGGAAGAUGCUCAAAGCUUCAAGAAGGCCUUCGCACGCCUCGACGGUGCGAAGGAGGUCUUGGAGAGCCUGUGCAGCGCGGACAAGGCAUCAGUCCUGGAACUGCAUCAGACCCUGCAAGCGGAGGUCCACACGCGCGAGGGUGCGGCUGCGCUGUUGGGUGUGGACAGCACACCGACGACGGAGACAGAGCAUUUGGUGGAGGAGGCAGCUAAAGCCUCGAGGAUGGGCAUCAAGAAGUUGGAGAAGCUUGAGCAUUUGGUUCGCGCGGAAUAUGACCUCGCGGUGGCCACCUACAAGGAGGCUGUGGAGACCUUACGCCGUCCCUCUUCGAAGGAGGCCUUGGCCCGGCAAGAGGCGCUCCGGCUGCAGCCGCUGCCCAUGGGCCGCGCGCUGGGCUGCCGAGAUAUGCGAUUUCCCGCUGCCUUGGUCGUGAUGCGCCCCGAGAGCGUUUCCUGGCAAGUUCAACGCGGCGUGCGGGUGGCGCUCCUUUGUGGGGCCACUGCCUCCUUGACCGAUCAGCAACUGCUGAAGAGCUCCACCAGCUUCAAGCGCUGUCCCAAGGCUUCGGCGCUCCGCUGGUGCCAAGAAUUGCAGUCCAAUAGCGUGGUGGCAGCCUGCCUGCGGUGUGAGGCCAAAGGCGAGGAAGGGCAAGGCGCCAAAAGCUCUGGAGGGCCCCUGGCAAAGAAGCAGAAAACAACACAAGGAGGAGGCCGCAGCAUCUUCUUGCGGCACAUCCUCUUCAAACACCAGCAGCUUCGCGUCUUGGACCCCGCGGCCCGGCGUGAGGGCGCCGCUCGGGGCGCGCAUGAGGCUGAGACCACUGCGCUGCAGGUGCUGCAGAGACUCCUUGUGGAGCCCAAUGCCUUCGUGAAACUCUGCCGGGAGCACAGCGAUUGCGCCUCCGCGGAGCAACCUGGGACCUUGGCGGGGCACAUGGGCUGGGUCGCGAGGAACGAACAGGAACCGCCCAUGGAAGAAGCCGCUUUUGCUUUGGGCCUCAACGAGUUCGGAGAUCUUGUGGUGACCAGCAGGGGCGUUCACGUGAUCCAGCGGAUUGGCUGAACGCGGAAUGGCCCCAAA